AUAAAUAUGAAAGAUGAAAAUUGGAUGAGCAGAUAUAAUGCUGUUGCCAAUAGUUUUCAUUCCAAGGAAAUCACAAAGCCAUUUUCUCUUACAGAAUUAGACAAAUAUCAACCAAUUUUGAAAUUCAAAGAUUUAGAGAUCAGUUUUACUACUGAGCUCUUCAAAGAAAUCAGUUUCUUGAAAUUUUCAAACAAUUCAAAAUUUCUGGAUAUUUUCUUGACUUGGGCAGAAAAAGAAAGUGUUGCUGAAUACUGUAGAUCAUGGAAUUAUCAGAGAGUAGAAGAUGAAGUUUGCUGUUGGUUGCUGCCAGAAAAAAAUGAGGUGUUUUUAGAAAGACUCGGAGAAGAUAUUUUCAUGCACCCAACAAUGGAGGACCAGUCAUUUCAUGAAGCCGUAUUUAGAAAAUUCGGCAUACCAAUUCAGGUGAUAGUGAGGGGAGGCAAAUCUGUGAAAAAUUUCGUUGAGAAUCUUAAGAGAGGAAAGACAACCAUGUACCAUGCCUCUGGAAUGAUAAUAGGGUGUGCUGUAGUGGUAAAACAACAUUGUUAGAGAGACUGAAGGGAAUUGACCUGGAAGAAAUAAAGAAAAAUAUCAGUUCAACCAGGGGAAUCGAUGUCCACACAGAUGUAUUUCAGGUGAC